AUGACUGUGAGUCCAGAGGAAGCCACUCAAAUUAUAGAAUCUUUAGCAUCUUCUGAUCACCAAGCAGAGCAUGGGAGACACCAAUCUCAUAAAAGCGGGGUUCUUGAUCUCAGUACUAAUGAUGCAAUCCUUGCACAGAACAAGCUACUGUCUCAACAGAUUGAAGCACAGACUAAGAAGAUGGCCAAGAUUCCACAACAGCUUCAUGCUAUUGCUUCUUCUUCAAGUCAAUCAAAUUCUUCGUUAAAAUGUGAUUUUUGUGGAAGAGAUCAUCCGAAUGGUCAUUGUUCUGAAACCACAAAUGAAGAGGUCAACUAUGUGGGCAACCAACAAAAAAGAGGUAACUUUAAUUCCCGUAAUUAUAAUACUAACAGUUAUAUGCAGGGAAAUCAAGGUUGGAGAAACAACAAUAACAACCAAGGUUAUGGAUGGAGGAAUGAAGCUGGGCCAUCCAAUAGGCCACCACCACAACAACAACAACAACAACAGCUUGUUUAUCCUUCUAUGCAUGAAAGGACCAACAAAUUGGAGGAUACUCUGAACCAGUUCAUGCAGGUGUCUAUGAAUAACCAGAAGAAUACAGAGGCAUCCAUCAAGCACUUGGCGGUGAAGGCGGGUCAGUUAGCUAAACAAUUAGCUGACAUGUCUGGAGGCCCAUUCUCAGCCAAUACCAAGACCAACCCUAAGGAGCAUUGUAAAGCCAUAACAACAAGAAGUUGGAAGGUAGUUGGUGCAGAUGUUGGAGUGAGUGAGAACAAUGAGGGUGUUGAGAACAAGGGAGAAAAUAGUGAAUUGAGGGAGGUUGAGGAAGAAAGUGAGAAGAAUGAGGGAGAAAACAAUAAGAGUGAGAGUAAAGAAAAAGAAAGGCAGUUCCUGAGAUUUCUGGAUAUCAUCAAGAAGCUCCAGAUUAAUAUUCCUUUCACUGAAGCCAUGGAGCAAAUGCCCACGUAUGCUAGGUUCAUGAAGGAAUUGUUAACUAGGAAGAGAAAAGUUCUUGAAGAAGAGACUAUGGAGCUUGAGACAGGUUGCAGUGCUAUUUUACAAAAGUCUCUACCUCAGAAAUCCAGAGAUCCAGGCAGUUUCACUCUCCAUGUAUCAAUUGGUAAUCUAUCAGUGGGUAAGGCACUCUUAGACCUGGGAGCCGGUAUUAACUUGAUGCCUUUAUCCAUGCUGAAGAAGAUAGGAGAAGUAGACGUCAGACCUAUAAGAAUGACCUUGCAGUUGGCAGAUAGAUCCAUCAAGCUUCCACAUGGUAUAGUGGAAGAUAUGAUAGUGAAGGUUGAUAAGUUCAUGUUUCUGGUUGAUUUUGUAGUCAUGGAUAUGGAAGAGGAUGUAGAAGUUCCUUUGAUAUUGGGCAGACCCUUUAUGAAAACAGCUCGAGUUAUCAUUGACAUGGAUGAAGGAAAGCUGAAGGUGAGGGUCCAAGAUGAGGAAGUGAGUUUCAAUGUAUUUGAAGCAAUGAAGUGUCCAAAAGGCAACAAAGAUUGCUUUAGAAUUGAUGUAUUAGAUGAUGUGUACUUGGAAACUCAAAAUGAUUUCAAGAGCUCAUCGCCACUGGAGAAGGCUUUGCUUCUUUCUAAUGAAGAAUUGGAUAAGGUCAUAGAUGAAGAGGUUCAAGAUGUUAUUGAUGCACUAAAUAAAAGAGAAAACUCUUCUGCCAAUGUUCAGUCAAAAGAAGAAUUGAAGAAGGAGGAAAAAGAGCAAGUAGUGAAGCUGAAAUUGGAUGAUAAUGUAGCUGGAAAACACAGAAAGUUACAGCUUCUUGAACUUGAAGAAAUGAGGUUUAAUGCUUAUAAGUCUUCUAAGCACUACAAGCAGAGAAUCAAAGCAUAUCAUGAUAAGAAGAUUUUAAAAAGGAGCUUCAAACCCGGCUAA